AGUCUUUUGUCACUGAAGGCGCCUUUCUCGUGUGCCUCCUCCUCUUGCUUCGUUGAGUGCCCAACAGCAACACAACUUGCUUUCCCCGUACUGUUGAAUGACUGUGGCUAGCUAGACAUCCAGCCCCGAAUCCCUGCUAGAUUCCUCCACGACCAGCAAGCAGUUGUAUCUGGUCCUUGUACCCACUAAUCAUCUCUUUAGAAAAGUGUGUGUGUGUGUGUUAGUCAUGGUUUUGCACAGAUUAGUGAAGCACUAGGAGUCUUUUCAUCUGUCCGGGGUUUGUCUUGAUAGAGAUGGCGUGUCUCCGCAGCAAUGCGCAGUCUUCGAUGGCGAAGGUAUCGUUGUGAAGCGGCAGGAGACGAUGAAACAGGACCGACGAAGCUUUCACGGCGAUAAGCGAGGACGUUUGAGAUUAGGUGAUCGAGUUGGAUAGCCAUGGGGAACAUACUCCGGCGAUGUUGUGGGGACUCUCCGACGUCGGAAGGACAUUAUGGAGGAGGGCAGUAUCCAUACCCAGGUCAAUAUGGUCCACCUCAAGGUCACCCUGGUGCCUAUUUCGGCCCUCCGGCUGGUUCUGCCGACACAGCUGGGUUUACUGCUCUUGCUCGAGAUUUGCUCCAAUUCGAGAUUACAAACAAGGUGCCAGAGGAAUUGAGCCAGUUUGUGACAGCAACUAAAGCCACGCAGGUCACCUGGUAUCGCAAACUUUUGGUUGCUUGGAAAAAUGCAAGGCCACCCCCAUCAAGUGCCGAAGAGGCCUCAUCACUGCUACUCCGGACGCUUCAAGGCCACCACAACGUCCAUGUCCAGGGUUUAUUACGAUUCUACGGACUCCCUGGUUCUAAACCUGGCGCCCCGGAAGUGGUGCCUAGUAAACCUCCUCCCGUAGCUUUCGUAGCUGGUGGAGAUUGGCCACAAGGUGUACAGUAUGAAAUCCACACUUUGCCGGUUGAAGACCGAGCAGUGGCAGAUGGCGACACUAUCACUGUGUUUGUGGAUGUAAACAAAGAUAAGAGAGAGGCGGCCAAUGUUCCCAAGGGAGUAAUGGAUGCUGUGAGUAGGAGACGAACUGCUCGGGCUCAGCACGACUAUGCCACUGCCGAUGCUUUGCAGAAAGAAAUCAAGCAAGCAGGCUACAAGGUGAUUGAUGCACCGAACGGCGGGGUUCAGUGUUUGGCCAAAAAGCUUCGUGUGCGCUUGAAAGGUGUGGAUGCACCGGAGAGCAGCCAACCAUAUGGGCAGCAAGCCAAGGCGAUCUUUAAUGGUAUUGUGCUGGGUCACCCGCUUCUGGUUCAUGUGUAUACAGUUGACCAAUACGGGAGGCUAGUUGGAGACAUCCACUGCAACGGCAUCUUCAUUCAGGAAGCGCUUCUGAAGAAGGGGUGUGUGUGGCAUUACACACAAUACGACAAGCGGCCAACUUUUGCACAGUGGGAGAGGGAGGCAAAAGCUGCUCGUGUUGGUUUAUGGGCAGUAGUGAACCCAGAGAAACCUUGGGAGUACAGGAAAGAUAAGCGAGAUGCAAGGAGGAAUUAGAGCAUCAGUGACCACCCCCUAGAUAUCAUUCCACUUGGUGCACUUCACAAACUCCUCGGCAGUAUUCUGUGGAGCUGUGCGACGAUUAAACGGCUCUGCACACCACGUUGAAUCUAGGAUUGCAGUUUCAUGCAACACUUCCUGCAUCGCCUGUGUUGUUGUCCACAGCGUUGUUGCUUUCCGAGGGGUCUUGGGAUAAUUGGAUUGAUCGAAUCCUGUGUUCAAUGUUCGGCAGGAUUCAAAACACACGCUCAGAUGAUUCAUAUAUGCUUCAGCUCAAACGUGUUGCCCUCAUGGCUGGCGUGACUUAAUAGGAACCUAGUAUUUUGCCAAUUAUCAUGUUGUGUACAAGGCAGCUGUGUGCAUCGGUUUGGUCGUAUUAUAAUCGUGGUUGGGUUUCUAUUCCUUGCUCUUGCAAAAAUUGAAGUUGGUGAUUCUUGCUUUUUUUUGUGUUAUUUUGAAACAUAUUCUGAAAUAGUUUUUUAUCUUUUA